CUUCAGUUAAGACGUGCAGCCUUUCUUCACACUAAGAAUGGGAUUUUGUGACCAUGACCUGUAUUCUUGGCCGGAAUCAAUAACAUCAGCCAAAAUGAGGAUAGAAAGCAGGGAACUUUAAGGAUCGGGUGGCAAUGUUUUGCCUUUAAACUUGGUGCUGCAGGGUGUUUUUUUUUAAGUGGAUGAGUAAAGUGUGAAGAAAACUAACAUGAUUAAAACUGGAUUUGAGCACUGACAGAGUUCCUGAUGUUUGCCUGACAGGCUGAAAGAGAAAAUUGCAGAGUGUCUGACGGAACAUGUGUCCCAAGGUACAGGAAGAGAUGAAAGUUCAGGCAUUUUUUUUCCUGUGGGCAUUGACAACCCUAUGCUUGGUUUCAUACACUGCAGCAUUCUCCCAUGGGGCCAGUCUUUCAGCAUGUACUGAUAUGAAGCCUAAGCAUAUCAGAGCUUACCUUCAGAACCCACAGAAUAACUAUAUUACCAUCCAUACCAAUAUGUCAUUUUGUCCAGGUGACAAGGUUCCAGUCACUGUCAGGAGCACACGUGAUUUCAUGGGCUUUAUGCUUCAAGCUCGCAGGGUAUCAAAUGAUCAAAUUGCUGGCACUUUUGUUUACAUUCCUCCUGGCUCCAAACUGCUAACUUGUUUUGAAGAUGGCGACACUGUUACCCAUUCAGACAAGUCCUUGAAGAGAAACCUGUCCUUCGUGUGGAAAGCACCAGAUCAACCCAUUGGAGACAUCAGGUUCUUUUUAUCAGUCGUCCAGUCGUACUUUGUUUAUUGGGCAAAGAUUGAAUCUUCCACUGUGUCUCAACAAACACACAACAGAACCACUGCUGAAACUAGUGUAGCUUCCAAUGCUAUAAAGCCAACACCUCUUCAAAAGUCUACGGAUCUAGAAGGAGAAUUUACUGCAGGGAAAGAAAGUUCAGUUCAUGACACCAUCUUAACUCAGUUUGCGAAAUUUACACACACAAGUCUGACUCGGAUUGCAGCAACAUUGAUUUUGGAUCCAGCUUACAGUGGACAAGAAGUCUCUGAGUCUCCCGACAAUGGAAAUGUUCUGUCUGAACCCUUUGCAAACUCACUCACUUCACAUGCCAUCAAUCACAGUAGAGAAAGGCAAGCUAAUGAAAGUGGCAUGGAUGGUGAUCUCACACUGGAGCCAUCACUUCAGUUCCAGGAUCUCAGCUUCAUAGCACAUCAUUCCUCCAGCCACAGCACGUACAAUGGGAGAGAAAAUGCUUCAGAUUUUCUCAUAUCACAGCUGUGCUCGACAUGCAAGAAAGGCAUGGAGGGGAUUUCUACAACACCUAAUACAGGCAUCAGCAAGUCUGUACUGCCCCUUACAGUAUCACUGCUGGUCCAUCUCUGGGACCCUCCACUACUUUCAGGCAUGGAAUCGAUGCCAGAGCAUUUAGACAGUGAAGAGGACGCAGAUUUCUACCAAAGUUUAUCAGCAGCUUCGAGGCAGCUGGUAGAGAAGCAGCCAGUGACGCAGGAAGUUCCAGCAAACUUCCUGCCCCAGGCAGAACCUACAGCACCUGAGCAGGAGGAAAAGGGGGAAAAGGAUAUUUCUGGGAACACACUCCUGAAGGUAACAAGAACCAUACCCAAAGCUGCUGUUUCUGGAGGAGCAGGAGAAAAGCCACGCAAGGGGUCACAGCUUGUAGUAGCUCAACUUGGUGUUCUCCUUGGAUGCUCUGCUGUCCUUGGCAUGGUGCUGGCUAUUGGCCUACGCUGCAUCCAUUCCCAAUAUUGUCACAAGCGAACUGAAGUGUCCUUUAGUGAGCCAGACAACAAUGUCAUUGCACUUCAAGAGAAUGGGGAGAUGAUGCAUUUCAGAAAGAUACGGGAAAACAGCUUUGUCCUGGUACAGGCAGAGUACAACUGGAUCAGCCCAUCGGGCAAUGGGAAAAAAGCUGUUAUCUAGGGUGCUUGCCAGCUAAUUCCCUCCCCCAUUAGAGCAAAAUUGCAUAUAACCAUCUAAGUAAAUAUACUGAAUGUAGGUGUUCCAUUGUCUCAGUAUAGAUGCAUCUUAGCUGCUUUACAGAUAUAAUGUAGAUGUUCUUAAUUUCAGAUAUGAAAAUUUGAAGAGA